AUGUCGUUCUUCCGCCUGUUCGCCCCUCGUCAACGUGCGCCUGGCCCUACGAGGGAAGACCCCACGCUUAGCUUGAACGCGGAAGCGUUCGGCUGCCUCUUUCUCACAAAGAUCAAUCAGCCCUUUGGUCCGCAAGACCCCGGAUACGUUACCGAGCCCUACACCCUACAGGGCUGGCUACAAGUCAGUAUACCGCCUGGUCGUGGCCGAUGCCGAUGCAAGUCGAUCAAAGUUGGGGUCCGAGCUGUGUGUCGCUUGGCGAUGGGUGCUUGGCGGGGAUGGGAAGAGGAUAUCGUACUGAACAAGGAGGAAAAGUUGGAAGAAGUCGAUGGGAUUUGGUUUGAGGAGGGUAGUACGAGGUACGACUUUGCGUUCCAACUCCCAGAGAGCAUGCUUGCGCACGAUUACCACGACAACGCCAAAGUCCGGCUGGAACUCUACGCCAUCAUGGAGGGGCUACCGGUCGAGGACAAUGGUCUCUUCAGGUCGCUACGGUCGCUAUCCCCAUCGCCUGGUCCAGGCAGUCGACAAGGCUCUCCAACUCCCGCCUCGCGAUCGCCCUCUCCUGCGUCCCUUGAGCUGCCGUCCAUGUCCCUUACCGACCGGUCAGAUCAUCUGCCCCAAGUACCUACAUACGAAGAAGCAGUCAUCUCAAGUGGCGAUGAGGGAUGGAUUCACGGAACCUACAAUGUCAUGCGGCAUAUCAAGGUGUUUUGGAAUCCCAAUCCGACCGGCGGUAUCAACUCGCUGGACGAAAAGCUCGUCUUUCAGGCUGAGGGAGUGGGAGAGUUCGAGGCUCACUUCAAAGCUUCUAUCUGGACUAUAAGCAGUAUCCUGCACACGCGUAUUCGCUCAACCGAUCUCCCUCCGGCCGUCAGCAUCUUCUACGUCAGUAUCGGUCUCACAGAACACGUAGUCAUCCGCUCCCCUCGAGAUCAAGGACCAAAGGCGGAAGAAAAGGAAGUCAGGACCACACGUCGGCAUAUAAUACAUCAAUCGGGAAGGCGACCACCAAGAGAGCUGCGGCGUCCCAAUCCGAGCUUUCCGUCGAUCUGGUGCGGUUCCGAGGCUGGCGGGUGCAGCGUCGGAGCCCUCGAGAUAAUCGGCAAGGGCCGGCUACCGGAUGAUCCCCAAGUCAGGCCAUCGACCUUCGAUAGCACAAAGACACCGGUACGAGUAAGCCAUCAAUUAUUCGUCGAGGUCGUGUACGCGGUGUGGGGUCAGGAUCAAGCGGGGCGGGUUUUGCCCGUCUCAGGGCCUGGAGAGCAGCGCACAGUGUCUGUCGCUCGCGGCCUCAUCCUACCACACUGUACAAAUAUCCCGGAACGGAUCGGUUUACCUCAAUACGCGCCAAUGAGUAAUGUUCGUCUAGCUCAGCCGGACCAGCCCUGCCCUUUGUGUCGGGUCCUGCCGGCCGAGCGAACCUGCAAUGCUUGCAACUUCGAGCUAGACGUCCAUCCCCGGCAUGAUCACGACCCCAAACUCGUAGGAAAUAAGGAUGGCGUCUGUCCAGUCUGCUCGACCAUGGUGGUGGAUGCUAGGGGGAACAGCUGGAAGAACUGUGCGUGCAAGAUGACAUUUGAGGAGAUGGAAAAGCUGGGAGAAAGCAUAGACAAAGCUGGAGGGGCGAUGGUGAUGCCGCGUUGGGGUGCAGAAGGGGAGAGCAGGAAGGAGGAGUACGUCGUGCCAUAG